AUGACAUCUCCAAUCAUAUCAUCACCUACAACAACAACAACAUCAUUACAACAACAGCAACAACAUCAUAGGAGAUCAUCAUCUUUACACAAUCACAACCAGCUUAAUAGUAGCAGUGGAUCACUCAUUUCAUCACCUGUGAUCCCGAUGAUCACCUCAACAACAUCUCCGACUACGACAAUGACUGACAACAGGAUAUUAUUAAACUCCCCGACGACAAGGCGAUAUUACUCUGCAUUAUCAUCUUCGUCCUCAAGUGCUGCCGCGGCAUCAACGGCAUCACAGACCAUGCCAUCGAAUACACAGACACACCAUGUCAAGCCGACAUCACACCACCAUCAUCAUGGACAGCAGCAACAGCAGCAACAACAGCAGACACAUCCAAAUAAUAUCAUACCAGACUUCACAACUGAUUCAAUUAUCAACAAUAUCAAUAGUAUACCGAGCAGCACGGUGAUCAUCCCGAGCUCAAACAGCAAGCACACCAGCAGCAACAGCGGCGAUAUCAACACGCAGUCGACUGCGACCAUCUCAGCGGCGGCAGCAGAGGUGGCCAAGACCGAGGACGACCUGGAAAUCAAGGACGCCAACAUCAUAUUCAACACGGCGUGGAACAAGCUUGAGCAGAAGUAUGGCAAGGAGGACAUGCGAUUUCCCCAGGAGAUCAUUUACUUGAUGGGCGCGCCUGGAUCGGGCAAGGGCACAAACACGCCCUUCAUCAGCUCGGUCAGGGGCAUCACCGCCCAUCCCAUCGUUAUGAGCUCACUGUUAAACAACUCGGAGGCGCGCAGGAUCAAGGCCACGGGCGGCAUGGUCAACGAUUCAUUCGUGUUCUACAACAUCCUCGAGGAGCUCAGGAAGACCGAGUACCGCUCGGGUGUCGUCGUCGACGGAUUCCCGCGCACCAACAUCCAAGUCGAGUGUCUGAACGCUCUGUACGAGAAGAUGAAGGACCUGCGCAAACACUUCUUCAACACCAACCUGUCAUCCUGCUUCCCUCGUCCAGUCUUCCGUGUCACCGUGCUUUUUGUCGAGGAGAAGGAGAGCAUUGACAGACAGAUCCGUCGUGGCCAGAUCACACGCGAGACCAACAUCAAGCUCAAGGGACAGGGUCUGCCACUGCUCGAGGAGCGCGACACUGACACCUCAGAGGACGCAGCAAGGAAGCGAUACAAGAUCUUCAGGGACCACUACUCGACGCUGCAGACGCUCAAGAAGCACUUCCCUUUCACCAUCAUCGAUGCCAGCAAGGCCAUUGGCGAGGUGCAGCAGAGCAUCAUCAAGGAGUUCCAGUAUCAGAGCUCGUUGGAGCUGGCCGAGGAGACGUACGACAUGGUGCAGCGCAUCCCUCUGGUGUCCGACGUGACCAACCAUGCACGUGUCGACCUGGUCACACGACUGGACGAGUAUCAGUUCCGUCAUACCGAUCUAUUCGCCUCAGUUAUCAACGUCAUUGACAAGGAGUUCAUACCAAACAUCCGUCGUCAUUCCAUUGCCGGUAGUGCCACGGUCAGAAUCACCAAUCGUAUCUUUUCCAAUCCAAUCGCAGUUGACAUGGCAUUGGAUGUAUUAUCAGAGAGAGGAUUCAGGGCAACUGUUGAUGUUAGGACGUCACAUAUUCCUCACAAGAUCAAUCCGACUACGAUGGAGAUUGAGACAAUCACUCAGCAUGAAUACCAAUUCAAGGUGGACUUCCAGAGGCCAUUCAUCAGAGAUGUACCUGUUAACAGUCUGUUGCCUCAAUUCCAACAGAAGACCUUUAAGUGA